ACUUUUUUCUUCUUCUUUUAAUCUCUUUUCUCCCCACUCCUCUCUCUCAAGUACCUAAUCACACCACCCAUCUAAUAUUAUUGCAUUAAUUCUCAAUGUUCUUAGUAGUAAGACAUUUUCUUCUUCUUUUCUACUUUCAAAAUCCACUUCAUAUUUGAGUAUAUUAUCUGUAGUAGUCUGAAACUGAGUUUCCAAAGAGAAAAAAACCCCAUGGAAUUUCAAUUUCAAGAAACCCAUGAUCACCAUCAGCAAUAUUCUUUGUCUAAUUCCUCGUCUUCGUCUUCUUCAACAUCUUCGUCUUCAACUACAACCCAAGACUGGUCUGUUCCUGCUUCACCAGGAAACAACCAGAAAAACCAUUACUUGCAACAAGAAAAUGAUGAUGGGGUAGGAACGAAACAGCUGAGGUUUUUCGACUCGUUAAAUUGUGUAGGAGGAGAUAAAUGGAAAGAUGUGGAACAACGGUUUGAUCAGUUGGCUUCGCUGCGGACUGGUCUAAUUAGCCGCUCCGAUUUUGCAUACUGCAUUGGGAUGAAAGAUACACCGGAUUUUGCAGAAGAGCUUUUAAAUGCAUUAAGAGGGAGAGAAGAUUUAGCACUAGGAAUAUCAAAAGCUGAACUCCAUGACCAUUGGUGUCGAAUCACUGACCCCAAAUUCGAUUCUCGAGUUCGUGUUUUCUUUGAUUUGUGCGACAGAAAUUUGGAUGGAAAGAUUACUCAAGAGGAAAUAAAGCAGGUUAUUUUACUGAGUGCAGCUACAAAUAAGCUUUUCAUAACACAAGAAGCAGCAGAAGAACAUGCUGCCUUACUCAUGGAAGACCUUGAUUCUGAACACCAUGGAUACAUUCAGCUAUCUCAACUAGAAACUCUAUUCAAGGAAAGCCUAAGCAAAUCUGCAGUAAAAACUCAAACUGAGACAAUUACAUUGACGGAAAAUUCAGUCCAUGAAUCACAUGAACAUUAUGAAGAACCAAUGACGUCGAUGGAAAUCGCUAUACGAACAUACUGGAGGCGGGCGUGGAUAGUUAUACUAUGGUUACUCAUAUGUUUUGGUCUUUUUGUUUGGAAGUUCAUGCAAUAUAGAGAAAGAAAGGCUUUCCAAGUUAUGGGUUAUUGCUUAUGCACUUCGAAAGGUGCUGCAGAAACCUUGAAGUUCAAUAUGGCACUCAUUUUGUUACCUGUUUGCCGGAAUACGAUUACAUUGCUUCGGAGAAACCGAAUGUUGAAUUACAUGAUCCCAUUUAAUGACAACAUCAACUUUCAUAAGCUAAUUGCAGGGGGGAUAGUAAUUGGUGUAAUUCUACAUGGAGGAACGCAUUUAACAUGUGAUUUUCCGAGGAUUGCUGGCUGUAGUCGAUCAAUUUUUCGCCGAACCAUUGCAGUGCAUUUCGGGAACCACCAACCAUCUUACUACGAGAUAUUAGCUACGACUGAAGUUGCCACUGGUCUUGCAAUGGUCAUUUUAAUGGCCAUAGCUUUCAUCCUAGCGACACAUGUGUCCCGGCGUAAGUCAUCAACAUUGCCACAGCCAUUGCGGAAGGUGACAGGAUACAACACAUUUUGGUAUUCACAUCACCUCUUCAUCCUUGUCUAUGUCUUGCUCAUCAUCCACUCCAUGUUUCUCUUCCUCACCAAGGACAUUAGCGAAAAAACGACGUGGAUGUAUAUUGCGAUUCCGGUUCUAUUGUAUGCUGGGGAACGGGUUGUUCGAGCUAUAAGAUCAGAACUCGACCGUGUCGAAAUUGUCAAGGCAACUACUUAUCCUGGAAAAGUUUUGUCCUUAAAAAUGAGCAAACCAGCAGGCUUCACAUACAGAAGUGGAAUGUAUUUAUUCCUCAAGUGCCCUGACAUUUCUCCAUUUGAAUGGCAUCCGUUAUCGUUAACAUCGGCACCGGAAGAUGAUCAUCUUAGUGUGCAUAUUAGAACAUUGGGAGAUUGGAGUUAUCAGAUCUACAGCCGUUUUCAAGAGGCAAUAGUAAGUGGUAAUCCGCAGUACCCAAAAGUAUACAUUGACGGUCCUUAUGGCGCUUCUUCCCAAGAUCACGUAAAAUACGAUAUCGUCGUUCUCAUUGGACUUGGUAUAGGAGCAACACCUUUCAUCAGUGUCAUCAAAGACAUCAUUCAUAAUACUCUACAAAAACCAGCCCUUGUUGAGGAUGAAGAAUCUGUCAUUUCCAAAGUUUGCUCGUCAAAAGCUUACUUGUACUGGGUUACCAGGGAACAAAGUUCGUUUGGAUGGUUUAGAGAUGUUAUGAAGGAAAUAUCCAACAAAAACCAAAACAAGGCCGUGAUCGAGAUGCACAACUACCUGACAAGUGUUUAUCAGGAUGGGGAUGCCAGAUCAGCAUUAAUCAGCAUAAUUCAAUCUCUGCAUCGUCAGAAAAUUGGCAUGGAUGUUCUCUCGCACACUCCGGUGCAUACACAUUUUGCAAGACCAAAUUGGUCUGAAGUUUUGUCAAACUUGUCCACUAAACAUGAAGGUGCAAGGAUUGGUGUGUUCUAUUGCGGGCCUUCAGUUUUAGCGAAAGAGAUGCAAAGGCUGUGCACAAAAAUGAGCUCUAAAACCACAACAAGAUUCGUAUUUCACAAGGAACAUUACUGACUAAAACCACAUAUACAAAAUUAUUAUUUUUUCUUGGUUUAUUGUUUAACCAAAAUGCCUUCGUAUCGAAGAUUUUACAAAUAUAUGUUGGUUUGCUUGUCAAAGACAA